AUGAACAAGGCAUUGCAACCAUUAAGGACAUUGCGUCGAAUAGUGUGGGGUCAACCACCAGACAAUCCAGUUGCAAGAAGUUAUUUAUUCAAACUUGAUGCCUUUGUUCUUAGUUACGUUUGUUUAUUGUAUUGGGCAAAUUAUCUUGAUCGGGCAAAUUUGGCCAACGCCUAUGUAUCUGGGAUGCAAGAAGACUUACAAAUGAAGGGUAAUGAAUUAAACAUCAUUAACACUUGCUUUUACGUUGGGUACAUUGUUGCUAUGGUGCCCCAUAAUUUAAUCUUGCUCAAAGUUAGACCAAGAUACUGGAUCUCAAUCUGUGGGUUUUGCUGGGCAGUAUUGACAUUAUCCAUGUAUAAAGUUCACUCAUUCAAACAACUUUGUGUUAUCAGAUUCUUUGAAGCCAUGUUUAAGGCAGUAACUUUUGCUGGUACUCAUUUGAUUUUGGGUACUUAUUACGACGAAGAAUUAUUACCCAUGCGUACUGCUGUGUUUACGAGUUCUGGAUUGCUUGGGUCGUUGUUUUCUGGAGUACUUCAAGCAGCAAUUUAUAAAAAUAUGGAAGACUAUAAUGGAAUCCGUGGCUGGAGGUGGUUAUUUAUCAUAGACUUUUUAAUUACCAUCCCUAUUGUCAUUUUUGGAUUCUUCUGCUUCCCGGAUGAACCACAAAUUUCCAAACCAUUUUAUAUGACGAAUGAGGAACAUCAAUUAGCACUUGAAAAGAAACUAAGCUCCAAAGAUAAAGCUAAUAGCGAUUGGAAUUGGGUGUCGAUUUGUAAUCGAGUUUUCAGAAAUUGGCAUUGGUAUUUGUUUUCCUUCCUUUGGGUGUUAGGUGGUGAGAAUGAAUCAUUUGUGACAAACUCACUUAUGCCGUUGUGGUUAAAGUACUACAAUUACAGUGUUGAACAAAGAAACCAUUAUCCAAUGGGACAAUAUGCUGUUGGUGUAGUAGCCACUAUAAUCCUGGCAUUAUACAUUCAUGCUUUCGGCAAAGGGAGACAUCAUUGGCACAUGGGUAUAAUAAUUGGAAUAUUCACAACUAUUGCAGCAGCCGUAUUUGCUGCCAAGCCAAACAACACAGUUGCUGUUUUUGUUUCCCAAUAUUUGAGUGCUGUUUCGUUUGCUGGUCAAACCGUUUUCUUCAGUUGGGCUAAUAUUGUAUGUAUUAAUGAUUUGCAAGAGCGGGCCAUUGUUUUAGCAUCAAUGAAUAUGUUUAGUAAUGCAGUUAAUGCUUGGUGGUCAAUAUUGUUUUAUGGUGCCGAUACAGCCCCUGAGUUCAAAAAAGGUUGUUGGGCAUUGCUUGCAACCGCAAUCGCCAGUAUUGGUGUUGUUGUAGUGAUACAAGUGUUGCAAGCCAAAGAUAAGCACCAAUCACACAAUGACGAUGGUGGUGUAGUGGCAGUGGUUAUGGAUGGUGAGUCAGACGAGGUUGAGCUGGGUGGUCCCAUAAAAGUAUAA